AUGGACGAACAGCAUGUGCAACCGAUUUCGCAGCCGGUGACGGUGACGGGAGAUGUUAGGGUUUUUGAGAAUUCUCAAAUGAUCGGAGUCAACUCUCUCAACACUGAGGCUGGUGCGACGGUGCCAGUAGAUACAGUUGUGAAAAGGAAGCGUGGUCGUCCGCCAAGAGGCUCUCUUCCGCGGACUCAGCUUCCUAAGAAGCAGGUGAAGGAUGAAGAGGAUGUUUGUUUUAUUUGCUUUGAUGGUGGUUCGCUUGUUCUUUGUGAUCAUCGGGGUUGCCCUAAGGCAUAUCAUCUUGCAUGUGUGAAGCGGGGAGAGGACUUUUUUCGUGCUACCGAGAGAUGGAGUUGUGGUUGGCAUCAAUGUAAUGAUUGUGGAAAAUCAUGCCACUACAUGUGCUAUACUUGUACAUAUUCCUUAUGCAAGGGUUGUACAAAAAAAGAAGUUGAUUUUGUUAGUGUUAGAGGAAACAAAGGUUUGUGUGGAGUAUGCAUGAGGACUAUAGUACUGAUUGAAAACAGUGCCCGGGGAAUUAAGUGCGAAGUAGAUUUUGAUGACAAAGGCAGCUGGGAGUAUCUUUUCAAGGUGUAUUGGAUGUACUUGAAAGGAAAAAUAUCUCUGAAUUUCGAUGAGGUCCUUCGAGCUAAAAGUCCAUGGAAAGGUGCUGUUCGUGUAAGCUGCAAUGUUCAAGCUCCCCAAAUUUUUUCAGGAAUUCGCAAAGUUGACAACGGUUAUGGUUCCGAGAAUUCAUGUAUAAUAAAUUCAAAUAGUCCAGUAAACAAAAAAGCUAAGGGAAAUAUUGACGACAGUGUAUCGUACAGUGCUGGACGCAAUGUACAAGACUUGUCCACUACCGGUGAGCUAAAUGAGAAUAAACAUGUAUUAAAGAACCAUGGUGACACUAAUGCUGGAGAUUUGAGAUUAGUAGAGUCUGGUGUUCCAAAAGACAUUUUAUUCUUACUUCACUCUACGGAGAUGGAACAGGCAGUCUGGCAUUAUCAGGAUCCAACUGGGAAGGUUCACGGUCCUUUUAGUAUGUCGUUGCUGCGCAAGUGGAAAGGAACUGGAUAUUUACCUCCACAUCUCAGAAUAUGGAGUGAAAAACAAGAGAAAUCUAUAUUGUUGACGGAUGCACUGAGUUGGAAGUGUUCCCAGAAUGUACCAUCGCCACUCAACCAUGAACAACCGUCUUUGGGGGCCGGUGUUUCGUUGGAAAAUAAAGAAAAUAGUCAGGAUGGUCUUAACAUUGCAACAAGGAGUGAAGUUUGUGCUAACGACCAAAUUGUCAAGCUGAUUGGGGAUGUAAAAGUUGCUGAUAUUUGUACCCAAUCUAAUGAUAAAGAAUCUGUUAAGAGCAACAGUGGGCACACUCCGUCUCCUGGUUUGACUAUACAAGGGGAUGGGAGUAUUUGUACCCGAUCUAAUGGUAAAGAUGAACCUGUUAAGAGCAACGGUGGGCACACUUUGUCUCCUGGUUUGACUAUACAAGGGGAUGGGAAUAUUUGUACCCAAUCUAAUGGUAAAGAUGAAUCUGUUAAGAGCAUUGGUGGGCUAACUCAGUCUCCUGGUUUGACUAUACAAGGGGAUGGGAAUAUCACUAAUAUUUGUACCCAAUCUAAUGGUAAAGAUGAGUCUGUUAAGAGCAACAGUGGGUACACUCCGUCUCCUGGUUUGACUACACAAGGGGAUGGGAAUAUCAGCAACAGUGGGUACACUCCGUCUCCCGGUCUGACUACACAAGGGGAUGGGAAUAUCAGUGAUGGCCAAAGUGGUCAUUUUGAAAGAAGGGAAGAGUCUUCCAAAUGUGAAGUUUCUUGUCAUGAUGCUACUGACGUGCAACCUGCACUACCUUCAACCGUCUUUGAUGAGAAUUUGAAUGAAAAACCGCCUUUGGAUAAAAUGGUGGACGGUAAUGAGAAUGAAGAAAAAUUGGAAGAGAAUGUAAAUUUGGGUUCCAAUAGGUUUUCUGAGGGUCCGAGUAAUAGUGGCCAGAGUGAUCAAAAACAAUCUGACAAUGAAGUGAAUUCAGGGCAAUCUUCUGGUCAGAACUGGAGAGCCUAUGAUGUAAUUCACUCUAAUGUAAUUCAAUCUGAUGUAGUUCAUCCACCACUGGACGCACCUUCAUGGCUGGCCGCAAUCUUUGGCGAAACUGAUUAUAGCUCAUUAGCUGAUGAUUCAGUUUCAGAUCUGUUGGAACAAGUAGAGGCAAAUGAGAAAUGCGGUGAAUUGGAGUCUCCCGCAGAAAUAAUAGAGUGGGAUGAUGAGUUGACCGAGGGUGCUAUAACUGAUUGUUUCGGUUUUGCCAAUGCACUAAGUCCAAUGCUUGAUGGAGGUAAAUGUGAUACAUUGCCCUCCUCAAGUGAUUUACAUUUACCCUCAAUUGAUUUACAAUUAUCAUCUCAACCCCAAUCCAUCGUAACAAAGGAGCUGUUUCAGCAAGCUGAUGUACGUAAUCAUCAAGUUAUAGGGGGAGAACAAUCUUCAAAACCUCCUGAAACUCAGCCUACUUUCUCAGGUAUUAGCUGGAAUCCAGCUGAUCAAUUUUCAUGGGAUCCAACUCGUUGA